GCCACUACUCCUACUACUACUACUACUAAUAUAACAGCAACGCCGUCGUCAGCAAGAGCACAGUUGAGGAAUGAAACAAUCGAACAACAGCGCAAUGCUGUGCACAAUUUUCGUUUAGCUUUAAAGGGAAGUGCAGUUUGUGCACCGAUCUUGUUGAUCUCGCAUCGUGAGCCAAGAACGCCGUUGCAGUUAGAAGAUGCGAUUAAAAAGUUACAAUUAGAUGGGGAGUGGACAAAAUUGAUGCGAUGGUCAGUGACGCACAUAUGUGAUGAGAGUGAUUUAGCGUGUGGUGACGACAUGAUCGGAAGACGAUCCGGACAAGAAGCUAAAUUGAAUCGACUUUUGACGGUAUUGAUUGCAAAAUGUGAGAAUGGUUUCGGUGAAGAGUUAAUCGAGCAAGGCAUUCUAUCGAUUCUGUUCGAUUUGUGUACGCGUUUUGCUGCUUGCAAUCGUGAUCUUUUUAUUAGCGCAAUGAAAUUACUCGCAAAUAUUGUUAUGCAAAGUGAAAAAUGCUCAAUGGCUGUUGCUGAAUCGGGUACGCGAGAUUUAAUAAUUGAAAUGCUCACUCUCAUUUUAGAAUGGUUACAACGAUUAGCAGCUAUGGUUUCGAUGAAUUCAUUAGAAGAGAAUCUUCUGGCUGAAAAGGUGUGCUUAAAUGCAAUUAGCGUGCUGACUAAGUCAGAUGUUCGAUUUGAAACGGAUGUUUAUCAGUUGUAUCGAUCCGACGAUGUGAACCAAGAGCCAGUCGUCGAUUUGAUUUUCGUGCAUGGCUUACGUGGCGGUGUCUUUCGUACGUGGCGAGCCAAGGAUGAUCCAAAUGACCUACUAAGAACGCGAUGUUGGCCAAGGUCAUGGCUUCCAUAUGACUUGCACAAACCAAUACGCAUUUUGGCUUUGGAUUAUCCGUCGUCAAUUUCGAAUAUCCGCCGUGGCUCUGUGGAAACACUAUCGGAACGUUCCAGUCGUUUCCGAAAACAACUGAAAGCGGCUGGUGUUGGGCGUCGACCAAUCGUUUUUGUUGGUCACAGUAUGGGUGGUUUGUUAGUGAAACGUUUGAUGGUUGAUGAUGAAGAGAUGUUGCGGCAAACCAUUGGAGUGAUGUUUAUUGCAACGCCUCAUCGAGGUAGUCCACUCGCAAGAUACGCAUUACGCUUUGCCAUACGACCCACCGAUGAUGUUCUCUUACUGUCGUUACAAAACGAAACCAACAAAAAGCUUCAUGAGGAUUUCCUUCGGAUAUGUCCGUCAAUUGCGGUGAUUUGUUCAAUGGCCGAAACUGAAGAUUCGCCAUUAAUAUUGCGUCAACGCGGCAUUCUUGUUCCAUCUGAGAGUGCGUUCUUUGAGCGUGGACCACUGUACCAUAUUCGUGAUGUGAUCUAUUUCCAGAUUCACUACAACAUAUGCAAGCCUUCUGGACCGAACGAUAAAGCAUACGGAGUAAUUCUACAGUUUCUUCAUGAUGUCAUGUACCAUUUGUCAAGAAAGUGUUGA